CAGCAGGCCAAACGGAAGAGCGCGUUGCCACGGCAACGAUACAAAACGAAGUUGACUCGAGCGUCUGUACGUUAGAAGACGGCAACCGACAUUUAUGGAGAUUUACUGUUGAACACAGAAUGGCAACCACAGCAAAGCCAAUUAAGAGACUAGUGUGGAAACUCGACCAAAACAAGGACAGACCACGAAAGGUGACUCCAUCUUCUUAUGCAAAGGAGAUGUUACAAACUACAGAGGAGCGUCUGGCCAACACCAAGGAGGUUCACCCACCUCGCAUUGUGGAGCAAUUUGACAUCAGUGAGACCACGUAUCACAAACACUCCUGCGUGGAAAUGGACAAGCCACUUUUCCAGGCCUACCCAUCUGAACUGGUUUUCCAGAGUUUCACACCGCCACAGACAUAUACACUGCCUCUAAGGCUCUACAACAUUGACAAGGUGUGUAAAUGUAUGGGCAAAUACAACAACAACACAGGCACUGAGCUGAUGUUUCUAUCAAGAAUGAUUUUAGAGAAAUGGAACAGUGGGAAAUGCUGGUAUUUGUGACUCCAAGGUGAAAGAUUUUAAACAGUAGCGCAAUGCUUUGAUUGCUUUGACUGCAAGCACAGACAAACAAAGGAGUGUGUUUGUAUGUGUUCUAGUGCCUGUAUAUGUGUCAGAGUGUGUGAAU